AUGAGGCAAAUACGUUUGAGAAUACGUUAUUAUUUAAUUAUUAUUUUAACAAUUCUAUCACUAAUUAUGUUUUCAACAUUUUAUACAAUUCUACAUAAAACAAAUGAAAUUGAGCAAAAAUCAGAUAUUUUUGAAAAGUGGCCAAGUGAAAAAAAUUUAUAUCAUCAUCAGAAUAUCGAACAACAACAACAUAUCCCAUUUUGGCAAGCAUUAGACGCUCAAAAUAUUUAUGAUGUUAAUUAUAUGCCAACGAAUCAUAGAAUGAAAAACAAGUUUCCUAUCAACGUUGAAAUAAUUGAAAAUUUAUUUCAGUUAGUUGAUAGUUAUAAAUUAGAAAUUAUUACGGAUAAACAAUUGAAUAUUAAUGAAUUUGAUCGAGUUUUUAUUAAGAGAACAACAACAGUUAAUAAUAAAAAAUAUUCUAAUCAAAAAGAGGAUAAAGAGAUAGUAUUUGACGUUAACAAUGGUGAUGAUGAUACAAAUAAAAAACAACAAAAAGAUGUUGAUGAUUUUCAAAGUGGUGAAAAACCAUCCAAGAUGAUACCUAUUGAAAAAGUUAUAGAUGAAAAUGAUAAACAACAAUUAAGAAAAUAUAUCAUUAAUAUGUUAUGGAAAUGGAAGAGAAAAUAUCGAGAGAUGAAACAAAUUAAUCUUGCAGAAUUAUUAUACGAACACAUUGAACGAGAUGAACCACUAAAAUUGAAUACUACUUGGUUUGAAUAUCUUAAAACUGUCACAAAUUUACAUCUUUACAAUACAGAUAGUCAAGUAUUAAAACAUUUAUUGGAUCAACUGCUAAACAAUGAUGUUAUACAAGCAAAUGAAUUGGCACAAGGUACACAAAUAAAACUUGUAUUACAACUUUCUGAUGGUAUUGAAGGUUUACUCAAACCAUAUAGAGUACCAAGAAAUUAUCAAACAUUGCCUGAUCACUAUUAUUUUAGUGACAUUGAAAGACAUCAUGCUGAAAUAGCUUCAUUUCAUUUAGACCGAAUAAUUGGUUUCAAUCGUGUUCCACCGUUAAUUGGACGAAUUUUAAAUAUAACCGGUGAUUUACGAGAACAUGCAACAAGGUUUUGCUCUAAUAUUGUCUCAUCUAAGUGUGAGAAAAUAUACAAUAUAGUAGAAUACAUACUUUCUAAUGUUGUGAUAUUUGAACAGUAUCUACCAGAAUUGGCUAAAACAUUUUUUAUUUCACCAGCUAAUAAUACUUGUUUUCGUGGACAUUGUUCAUAUUAUUGUGAUACAGCUCACGCCGUUUGUGGUAGACCACGAGAUUAUCUUGAAGGUUCAAUACAAAUUUUAUUACCACGUCCACCAGUAAUUGAAUGGCAGAAAAUAACCCAUCCUUAUCGUAGAUCGUAUAGUGCUGUUAGAAAAGCAAAAUGGGAAUCAAACGUAAAUUAUUGUUACGACAAAGUCUUCACUGAUGACCGCUAUCAUAAUCGCUUAAUAUUAGACAUGAUAGAUUUAGCUGUAUUUGACUUUCUAAUAGGUAAUUUAGAUCGACAUCAUAUGAUGAAAAUAAGCAGUUUUGGACUAAAUUCUGCUUUGAUACAUUUAGACAACGGACGAUCAUUCGGUCGUUAUGAUCAUGAUGAAUUAACAAUUUUGACUCCUAUUCGUCAGUGUUGUUUAUUUCGUUAUUCAACAUUUCAACGACUGAAAACCGUUUACAAAGAACGUUUAUCUCUGUUAUUAUAUCAAUCAUUAAAAACUGAAAGAUUAAAAACAAUAUUGAUUAAUGAACACCUGGUGGCUGUCGAUAGACGUUUAGAUAUCUUAUUUCAUGUUUUAAAUGAUUGUAUAAAACAACAUUCUGUUGUUGAUGUGCUUGUUGAUGAUGGAAUCUAA